CGGAGUCUGUUUGUGAAUGACGUAAUGAGCGUAAAACAAGAUGGCGGCGACUUAAGCAUAUAUCGGUGUUAACCUGUUUAUCGACAGAGAAGUCCGCCUCUCCGGAGGCUCCAGUGUUGUCUCACCGUCGUCCCGGAAAAAGAAUAAUCUUCUCGGUUAGAUAACAGUGUCGAAGGCGUCGCUGAACGCCGCAGAAUAGCCCACGGGUCGUGUUUCUUUCCUCCCCCUGCGACCCUCCGGUGACAGCAGGGGAGGCGAGGUGCUAACAGACAGGAUGGACAGCGGAGAGUACAUCUCCACCAUGGAGAACAUGGACCCGACUUUAGCGGAAUUAGGAGACGAAUUCACCCUGGGAGACAUCGACGAGAUGCUCCAGUUUGUCAGCAACCAGGUGGGGGACUUUCCAGACCUGUUCGAGGAUCAGAUGGCCUCAGCAGGCUCUGCGCAGAGUGCCGUCAGCACCACUCCACGACCUGCCAUUCAAACCCCUCAAGCUCCCCAAACUCCCCAAGCACCAGCCCCCGCUGUCUACCAGAGCACCACCGCUAGCCUCGCCCCCUCCCAGACACUGUCUCCCCAGUCUGUACCCCUCACCCCUCCCCUCACUCCUGCACAGACCCCCUCCCCUAUCACCGUCCCCUCGGUGCAGCAGCAGGUGACCCGCAGCCCUCCGCUUCUCCAGCCACGGCCUCAGGUGGUCCAGCCCAUCCAGCCUCAGCCCCAGCAGACGGCCCAGCCUACCAUCCAGAUGCACACCCAGGGGAUCACGAUGCAGACACAGAGCUUCCCAGUCCACACCCUGGUUCAGACCCACAGCCAGACGCCCCUGCCCAUCCAGACCCAGGCUCAAACUGUGAUGAUUGCCUCCAAUGGCGGGCAGUCACGUUUUAUUCAGAGCCCUGUCAUCUGUCACCAGAGCCCUGCUCCGAGUUUCCAAGUCCUCCAACCACAGAUGCAGAGCAUUAUGACGUCACCACAGCUCCAACCAAUGACCAUUCAGCACCAGCGGGUUCUGACCCCGACCUGUCAGACCAUCCAAACUCUUUCUCCAGCACCCACAGUUCACACUAUGCAACAGCCGAUGCAGCAAGUCCCUGUUCUGGUCCAGCAGCCUCAGAUUCUGAAGACAGAUUCACUUGUUCUGACAACACUCAAACCAGACGGCACACAGGUGCUGUCUACCAUGCAGAGCCCCACAGGGAUCACCACCUUGACUACGCCCAUCCAGAACACAGCUCUGCAAGUCCCGACGCUGAUGAGCAGCAAUAUCCUGACCACCGUCCCUGUUAUGAUGGGAGGAGGAGACAAGCUUCCAAUCAAGCAGCUCCAGCCAGGCACCUCCCAAUGCACAAACGGAGCUAGAACAAGCAUGGACCAGGGCCAGGUGAUGGGAGGAGUGGUAGGCCCGGGGGGAGUUGUGAAGGAGGGCGAGAGGAGAACGACCCACAACAUCAUUGAGAAGAGGUAUCGGUCCUCUAUCAACGACAAGAUCGUGGAGCUCAGAGACCUGGUCAUGGGCAAUGACGCGAAGAUGCACAAGUCAGGCGUGCUGAGGAAAGCCAUUGACUACAUCAAGUACCUGCAACAGGUCAACCACAAACUACGACAAGAGAACUUGGCCCUGAAGAUGGGCAACCAGAAGAACAAGCAAGUGGUCCUGUCUGAAGAUGUGGAGCUCAAAGAGGAAAUAGUGAUGAUGUCACCUCCAGCCUCGGACUCUGGAUCAGGUUCCCCUCACCAGUUCUCUCCUUACUGCGUGGACUCUGAGCCUGGCAGCCCCCUGCUGGAACACGAUCAGAUGAAGAGUGAGCCAGAUUCUCCCUCCUCCGUCGGCGUGAUGGAUGGUUCUCGACUGCUUCUCUGCGUCCUGACCUUCUUCUGCCUGUCACUGAACCCGCUGCCAUCUCUGUUGGGCUCUGAGGCCUCAGGGAGCGCCAGCCUGUCCACAGGCCACGGGCCAUCUAGAACGCUUGUCUGGUUCCCAACUCACACUCAGGACUUUGCGUCCUGGCUGCGGUGCCUGUUGCCGUGGGUGAUGGUGUGGGUGCUGAGCGGAGUGGGUGCGGUGUGGGGCUGUGUCAGGGUGCUCUACCUGUGGGAACCUAUCACACCCCUUCACUCGCCAAAGUCUGUGUCGUUCUGGAGGCAUCGCAAACAAGCCGACCUGCAUCUCAACAGGGGAGAUUACACAGCAGCAAUGGCCAGCUUAGAGACAUGCCUGUCCGUCUUGACGAGAGCUCUUCCAUCAACCAAUCUGGACCUGGUCUGCUCGCUGUCCUGGAAUCUAAUUCGCUACUGCUUGCAUCGUCCAACUCCUUUGGGUUGGCUGGUUCAUCAAGUCGGGGGAAAGCAUGAGGGGGAGGAGGCUAGGACGAGUGCGAAGGACGCGGCGCUGGUUUACCACCGGCUGAGCCAGCUGCAGCUCACAGGAAAGCUGCCUCAGCGUAGCAGUCUGUGGGCUUUGUCUGUGUCUCUGAGUGCUGUCAACCUCAGCGAGAGCGCCCAAGGCAAGAUGGCUCCUGCGCAGCUUACCCAGAUCUAUGUUACUGCAGCAACAGCCCUGCGCACAGUGCUGGGCCACCACCUUUCUUGUCUGCCUGGUUAUCUGUUGAGCUGUGCAGAGAGCGUGGCCAACCAAUCAGAGACCAAGACGAUCCCUGACUGCCUGCGCUGGCUCUUCACCCCAUUGGGUCGGCAGUUCUUCCUGAGUUGUGACUGGUCGGUGAAGUCAGAGAGCAGCGAUGGGUUGUACACUUCUCAGCGAGACCCAGCUGACCCCAUCGCCCAGCUGCACCGCUGUUUCUGCAGGAAGCUUUUGGAGAGAGCCGUCCACACCCUCAUCCAGCCGCAGAGCGACUCUGAAGUGGGCAAACACAAGAACGAAUCUGGGGAGUUCUACAGUGCCCUGGAGUUCCUCAAGUUGCUAAACAGCUGCACAGAGGACUCUCCUUCCCCUCCUCCUCUCUUCUCGACUCCACCCAAUCACACCACCACGCCAGUGGGAGACCCAGUGAGUCGUUGGUGGGCUUUGGUCCUGAAGGCCGCUGUGCAUUGGCUGCAGGGCGAUGAUGUCGCAGUGAGGUCACUGUUGGCAGAAGCCGAGCGGAUGCCGAGGGCUCUGCACACUCUUGACCACCAUCUGCCCAAGUCUGUGCUGCUGCUUUGCAAGGCAGUUCAGAUGAGUCUGUCCCCUUUGAAGGGAGAAGGAGCGAUAACCUGCCUGUCUCACUGCGACAGAGCCAGCAGCUAUCUGCGCUCCAGCAUCUCAGUGCCCCUCGCCCAGACUGGGGACCUGCUGAACAAGGGAGUGGAGCUCCUGAUCUGUGACCUUCUGCUCACCUUGAGGACCAGUUUAUGGCAGCGGGGAGGCAGCAGCAAUGGAGAGCCUGGCCUGGCUCCUGGAUCCCAGUUGGCUGGUUUCCAGAGGGACCUCAGCGCGCUCAGAAAGCUCACACAGUGCUACAGACAGGCGCAACACAAGGUGUUUCUUCAUGAGACCACAGUGAGGCUGAUGGCUGGAGCCAGUCCUACAAGGACACACCAGCUGCUGGAGCACAACCUCCGACGCAGGACAAACAACUCCUUCACAGCCGAAGGUGACUGCGUACUGGGUGAGAGGGAGAGGGCUCACGCCAUCCUGCUAGCCUGCCGCCACCUGCCCAUGCCCCUGCUAACCCCGCCUGGACACCGCGCCCGCCUGCUGGCCGAAGCCAAGCGCACCUUGGAGAGGGUGGGAGACCGACGGUCCCUGCAGGACUGUCAGCAGAUCCUGCUGCGCCUCAGCGGAGGCACGACCAUCGCUGCCUCCUGAACACACACACACACACACACACACACACACACACUAGGGCUACUCACAAUUCAAUGAACUCUGUAAUUUGCUGUUAUACAUUCAAAGACGUAAACAGGCUCAUCCGCCAAUGUAACUGUCACUCACUGACACACUCAUCCUGAGUGAGGGCCAUGAAUACAAAGACUUUUCCUCAAACCGCCGCACACAGACAGCUACAUAUGUCAGCCCUGCAUCCACACAAACACUUCAGGCUACACAUUUGCUCCUUUGAUGCUUAGCUUCAUUGUUGCAGCACAAUCUCGCCACCUUCUGGUCAUAGAUGGUACCACGCGGGCUCACUGCCUCAUUCCUAACAAAGCUACACAACAAGGAAAAUCAGGUUAAAUAGGCCCCAAAGGGAAAAGGGACCAUUAUCUAAUAGCUGUUUAAAUUAAUGCAAUGCGGCAGUGCAUUGAUUAGCUGUAGGAUACCGAGCUGUACAAUCAUUAUUGGCACACGGCAAUGUGAGUGCUACAAUAACUGUGUAAUGUCUCAUUAAACUUGCAGGCUUCAAUUAAGGGGCGUCGGGGUGUUCAAGAGCAGACAGCCGAGGUCUGUUAGGCAUGGCUGUGCUGGAGGAUGCAGACAGAUGGACUGGCUUGCUUUUAACCAUACAGUGCUGAGUAGUGUCUCUUCUUAUCUACCUCAUACACUUUACAAUGCUAGCGUUGUACUGUGGAGCAAAAUAGGAUACUUAAGCACCACGUCAGUCAUCUUGAAUUUGAAUGACAAUUUGAAGUGAUGCGUCAUUCGAAUACAACCUCGCCGGGCUGCUGUAUUUAGACGUAAGGGUGCAGCAUCACAGUAAUUUAGGAACUGUAAGAAUGACGGACAUCUACAGCUGAUAUGCUCCUUACAUCAAACCAGGAACAGUUAACGAAUGACUGCAUUUGCAGAAUAUCUAAAGAGCAAAGAGGAGCAGCCAGUCGUGGGCCAAUACGUUUAAAAAAUGCCUACCUACACUCACACAGACGCAUAUACAUUUUAAAUUAAUUACAUACAAACUUGCAAUGUGAUUGUAUAUAGGUUGUACAUAGGCAGAUAAACCGAAGUAGAUUAAGUAGUACUUACUUCUGCUUGAGACGCACAUCAGAGAAAGUGAUGCAACAUGUAAGAUGGCUUCCUGUCAGAGUGUGGACCUGAAAUGGUCACCCUUAGAUCAACUCCACCCAAAACAUUUUUCAUUAUCGAACACUCACCUGCUGUGGCUUUGCAAUGCGGCUUCAGAAAUUCACUCAAGGCAAGUUUAUGUAUGUAGCAUGUUUGAGCAACAGCGCAGUUUGAAAAGCAUCGAUAUAUAGAUAGAGAUAGAACAGCUUUAUCAUGUCUGACAUUGAGGUAAAUCAGUGAAAAUAUUCUUAAUACAGCGUACUCUUACACUAAUAAUGAUUUUUAUAGGUGGCUAAAAUACGUUUUGUUGCUGUCACUGCCAAAGCAGUAGUUUGCUGAGCUUACAUCUUGGACUCCAGCCUUCUUCUCCAAACUGAGGGCAUCCUGACAGACAUCUACUGUACGUAACAUACUGUCUUUGGAUGACCUCAUACAACCCCACUUCUAAAGGAAGUCUGAACCUUUAAAUCACUUAGGCAUGAAGAAUAAAUAAUAAUAAUAAUAAUAAUAAAGAAUGCUGGCAUUCAAUAUCCUCAAAAAAGAUUUACAUGCAUGACAAAUUCGAUUGGGUGUACGAUUUACACUGGAGCUUUCAGAAGUCAAAGGGUGCUGUACACAUGCACACCUAUGUGCAAAAAAUACGCAGCCCUAUCAGUACAUUUGAACUCAUACAGAGAAUAUUUAGCUUGGGCCAGCAACGAAACCGCAAAAUAUUCACCGUUGCAGUGUUUUCAAAUGUGUAGCUCCAUCCAAUCAUACGCUAACUGUACUGAGUGUUGUGCGUUUUCUGUCUGACACAGUGUGCUGAUGAUUUUGCGUGCCACCGCCGACAGUUUACCUAUAUUUGAUGGGUGGCAGGUGCUAAUUUCAGACCCUUAGUACAAAUAAAAGCAGUCAUUGAAGAGCCAAGAGAGCAGGAAACAAUAAGAAAGGUGUAAAAUACAAGAAUAAAGGUUACAUUGCAGUGUAAGAAAUGAGCAAAUAUUUGAUUUAAUAAAAGGCAGCACAAACAGAAAAGUCUUCAGCCUUGAUUUAAAAGAACUGAAAGUUGCUCCAGAUACAUCGUGCAUAAAAACUGAAUGCUCCUUCUCCAUGCUUAAGCAGAACAGCAGCUUGAUUUGUAUUCAUGAAGGUUUUCACAGCAGAAAAAAAAGCAUCAAAACAUCCAUUAAAGUGCCUGCUGUCCAUCCUUGGAAGCCAGCUUCUCAGCCUACAGGCAGAGAGUGUCAGAUACUGAAAAGAUGUCGGGGUGGUGUUUCAUUCUAAGACGAGAAAACUGGGCUGAACGCAGUGAUUUAGCGCAAAUUUCUUGACAGUUAUGUGCACCUUUGAUGUGAAGCUCUCAAGCAAAAUGGCCUUGAUGUAAUGUAAAGAAUUAUUUUAUUAUGUUUCAUCAUAUUUGGAAUGAUGGAGGAGUUGUGUCCAGUUCACUUUUUAUUUCUAAUUGUUGACUCACACAUGAGACGGCACUUCUGUCAUUCCUGUUUCUGUGCUCUGGUUUUUCUUAUUUAAUGGUUAUGUAAUGUUAAUAUAAAUGCUUUUUUCGGGAGAGGAGGGCGGUGGCAGUUUUGCAGAUAUGUCAUUGUUAUUGUUUUAUAUUGACAAAAGCAGCCUGGAGUCAGAAGCUGUCACAGAGAGAAUCUCUUAAUAGGAAGAUGUGUAUUUUAUUCAUGGCUGCAUUUAAACGAUUAGCCUGAUGUGCUAGACUCACUUUUUAUUUGCUGUUUUUAAAUACAAACACAUUUUAUUAGAAAUGUCCAGGUCAACCCAAGAUGAAGUUAGCAACUUAAAUAUUCCUGAAUACUUUUAUGAGUUUAGAUUAUCGUUUCCGACUGUGCAGAAGAAGAAAGUAAUGCUCUGCUGCUGUCAGCAGUCUGGAGUUUCAGCUAUCAUUAUAAUCAUGUUACAAUUUUAUUUUGUCUUUCCCCUUGUGUUUUAUUGUCUGACUUUCUUUGUUCAUUUUGAUGUUUGUUUUGUAAUAAAACAACACAUGACAGUG